UCCACUCAGCCAAUGAAGGACACGAGAGAGAACUUCUCAAUGACUGGCCAAACGAAUCUGGACCACAUCAAACCAUGCUGGUACUGGGACAAGAAGGAUUUGGCCCACACCCCAUCUCAGUCCGAGGGUCUGGACUCGGCCACGGAAGCUCAAUAUCGGCGAGAAGGAGCCUGCUUCAUAUCUGACGUGGGAAAAGUACUCGGCCUUCCCUAUGACACACUGGCAACUGGGAUCAUAUAUUUCCAACGCUUCUACAUGUUUCACUCUUUCAAGCAGUUCCCUAGAUAUGUGACAGGUGUUUGCUGUCUCUUCCUGGCGGGGAAAGUGGAGGAGACUCCGAAGAAGUGCAAAGACAUCAUUCAAACCGCCCGCAGCGUACUGAACGAUGUGGAGUUUGCUCAGUUUGGAGACGACCCGAAGGAAGAGGUGAUGGUUUUGGAGAGAAUCUUGCUCCAGACUAUCAAAUUUGACCUGCAGGUGGAGCUCCCCUACAUGUCCCUGCUGCGCUAUGGCAAGCAGCUCAAAGGGGAUAAGGAUGAAGUGGAAGAGGUGCUGCAAAGGGCAUGGACGUAUGUCAAUGACAGCUUGUGCACCAUGCUGUCUCUGCAGUGGGAGCCAGGGAUUAUGGCGGUUGCCGUCUUGUACCUGGCCAGCCAGGAUUGUGAGUUCGACCUCCAGGAGUCGACCGGCACGCAGUCGCCAGGCAUCUGGUGGGAUCAGUUUGUCCAGGACGUCUCAGUCCUGCUGCUUGAAGACAUUUGCCACCAGAUCCAGGACCUGUACCCGCAGGACUACGAGCCCAUCCCUCAGGGGAUGCAGGAGACGGAGCGGCCGCCUAUUCCUCCAAUCCUUGCUCCUCCUGCCCCACUAGGACCACCCCCAGUUGCCAACCCUCCUCCCCCACCCCCAAAGAAGACAUCCCCUCAGGGUGGCAGCCCUGCACGCCAGCUCAAACGUUCACAUACGUCCCCCAAAGAGGAACCAAAGGCUCCAGAACAAGUCGGGUCAAAGAUCCCUAGACUGGAGAGCCCAAUGCCCCCCCGGCCACCGUCGCAGCCUCCCUCAGACCGAAAAGCUCCGGCUCCAGCACUUCCCACAGAGGCCGAACCAGGAAGUGAGGCUGCUCCUCCACCGCCGCACGCGCCGCCUCCACACCAGCCCCCGCCGCUGCCCCAUCGCCCUCCAUCGCCGCCGCCCUCCAACUACAUCAUGUCCACCACCAGCUCCUACAUGUCCGGGGAGGGCUAUCAGAACCUGCAGUCCAUGAUGAAGACGGAGGGCCCCUCCUACGCCCCCAUGCCGCCCAGCUAUGCUCCCCCAAUACCGCAAUACCACCAACACGGGUAUCCGCCGCCUGCAGCACCUCAAGGCCCUCCACCUCCUUCCACCUUCCCGCCACCCAGCUUGGCCCUGGCCUAUCCGCCUCCAGGUUACAAUAGCUACCCUCCGCCACCACGCAUGCCACCAGGGCACGUGCCUCCAGGAAUAGGCCUUCCACCUACAGGGUACCCCCCCUACACUGGCCUGUACCACAGCAGAGAUCUUGUUUGGAAAUAA